CAUUCUUUAGGCGGCAUCCAUUAUUUCAAUGUGUAUCAACACUAUGUAUUAAGUAUAUAUAUAUAUACACAUAUACUACGAUUAGUAUCGUAUUGUUACAAAUUGUAAUUUGCUUUACUACGAGUACUACGAGAAAGCGAGUAACAAUAAGUGUGACACGUUACGUUUGAUGGACGAAUAUUUUUGAGGUUCUUUCAUGUGUAAGAGAUAAUUAAGUAAUGUUCUAAUUCGAGUAACACCGCAGGAGAAAAUACUGACACAGGAUGGACGUAGCCACGACGAGUAAAAGGAUGCAGGAUUUACCACCGAAAGGAGGCUAUGAUCCUAUCCAAACGGAUCGGGUUAAAAUUCGCACCAUUCUCGGAGCGAGGAGUACAUUGGCGAUUUUUUUUGCCACCACGGUUAUCGGAGCCUACACCCAUUAUCUGAAUUACAAGGUAGUUAAACGGAAUCAGAUUGAGAUGAGAAGCGCACGUCUGGCUAUAUGGCCGGCACUGAUAGCGGAACGAGAUAGAGCUGUUUUGAGACAAAUGAGACGCAAUCGAGAUGAGGAAGCAGAAUUAAUGAAGAAUGUCGAAGGAUGGGAAGUUGGUACAUAUUACGGAGAGCCAAUAUACUUUCUGGAUGAUGAAAAUCAGUUUAGGGAACCUCUGUUUUGGGAACAUUUUGGACAUGCUGAUCCGGAAGAUGUUUCUAAACGUUCUUGUCGUCAUUUGAUGACAUAAAAAGUAUCGUUAAUAUUAUUGGUUCAUGCAGGUUCUGGCCAGUUGUGGCUUAUUAAAAAUUAUAAACCCAACAAACCUGCAUACGUAGUAUGUUAAUAAUAACAAGAAGUGUAAUUAUAUCGUGAGUUGUAAAUUAUUAUGAGUAACAUUUUAAAUAUCUGCAAAAUAAAAGAAAAUCAUUCUGUAA